CGGAGGGCGUCAUCGCCGCGCGUCGUGGGGAAGGACACGGUGCCCGCCUGCCGCACCGGGGCCGAGACCGGGGCCGGCGGCGCCAUGAGCGGCUACACCGAGGACGAGAAGCUGCGGCUGCAGCAGCUGCGCGCCCUGCGGCGCCGCUGGCUGCGGGACCAGGAGCUGAGCGAGCGGGAGCCCGUCCUGCCGCGGCGGCAGCUGGGGCCGGUGGCCGCCUUCUGGGAGCGGUUCCUGCAGCCCGGCGGGUUCUGGCGGCACCAGGUGUUCAAGGCCUUCGAGAGCGGCACCUUCGUCCUGACGCGGGUCCUCGUCCCCGCCUGGAUCAUCCUCUACUGCUUGAAGUACCACGUCAUGAAAGUGCCGCAUGGUGUUGUUGUGUCAAAUCCACGGAUAUUCCCAGGGGACAGAAUUUUAGAGACGGGAGAAAUUAUUCCACCCCUGAAAGAAGAACCCAGUGAGCACCACUGAUGGCAAAAAGCUGAUUUCCUCCUUCAGUGAACAACAUGAGAACUGCAACUGCAUUAUCUCUUCUAUAAAAGAGUCUUUAUUCUGCA